AUGACUUCACCCAGGGUUUCAGUCUCUGAAGCGGCCUCCUCCGCUGACCGCGAGAAGAAUCCGUCAAAAACAGGUAUAGAAAUUGGAACCCAGGUUCCUGUCGAGCUUGAUUCAACCCAUGCCACCGAGUACGCAGAUUACCUACGGCUCAAGGGCCACUAUGCGUCAGACCCUAAAGCCCACCGGCGCCUUCUCCUAUUAUUAGAUCUUCAGAUUCUCCCCUUACUCUUCAUAUACUACAUUCUGAACUCGCUUGAUAAAUCAAAUGCCGGAAAUGUGAAGGUCUAUACCUUCCUAGAAGAUACCCAUAUGACGAGUCGCCAAUUCAACCUAGCCUUGACGUGGUAUUUCUUUACAUACGCUGGUUUGGAAGCCCCUUCGAAUAUGCUUAUGCGCAAGUACGGACCUCGACUCUGGCUGUCAAUGAUUGUCAUCUGCUGGGGCGCCGUCACUCUCGGUAGCGCUUGGGUCAAGGGCUACAGCGAUUACUGCGCCGCUCGGAUCAUCCUGGGGGUAUUCGAAGCGGGCCUCUUUCAGGGCUGUUUCUUUACACUUAGCUGUUGGUAUCUUCCCUCCGAACUGCAAACCCGCAGUGCCUGGUGGUAUAGCGCAACCAUGUUGUCCGGAGCGUUUGGUGGCCUCCUUGCCUAUGCAGUCGGGCCACUUCAAGGACAUCUUGGUCUAAAACAGUGGCAAUAUCUUUUUAUCAUCGAGGGUUCCGCCACAAUAUUUUUCGGCCUCAUCGGACUAUGGCUCUGUCCCGAUUUCCCUGAGCGAUGGGCGUCAAGUUGGUUCAGUGCCGACGAAAAAACCUUCUUGCGAUUAAGAGUUAAAUACAAGGACGGGCCUAUUCCUCCGGAUGACACUUUCCGAUGGUCAGCUUUUAUCGAGGCUGUCAAGGAUUGGAAGACAUAUUUCAUUGCCUCACUUCUUGGAUUUGGGGGUUCUGUUCCAACCUAUUCUAUGGUCAAGUCCAUGGGGUAUUCCUCAGUCGAAGCCCAAGCUCUCACAGCGCCUCCGUAUAUGUUCGCCUUCGUCUGCGUGAUUUUAAUUGCGAAAUACUCGGACAAGUAUCAAUGCCGUGCAAGGUCACUUCUUAUUAGCUAUACUGUUGGCACCAUCGGCAUCGUUAUCCUAUGGGCGACACGACACUAUAGCCACCUUUCUGGUGUUUCUUACUUUGCCUUAUUCUUCGUCGUUGCUGGCUUCAACAUGCAGGCCCCUGCAGUUGGAUCGUGGUUAGGUACAAAUGUCCGCAACCCAGGGAAGAGAGCAGCAGCCAUGGGCUGGCAGUCUACCUGGGGCCAGCUAUUUGGAGGUUGCAUUGGUGCCAACAUCUUCUUCGACAAUGAAGCACCGACGUACACCACUGGGUUCAGCAUUCUGUUAGUCUUGGUAAUAGUGGGAGGGAUGCUAUCCGAGGAGUAUGAGGGCAAAUACGACGAUCAAGAGCUGGCGAAUAUGGGAGAAGUGCGGCGUACUCCCGGGCACGACCAUGGCGGAGAUCGACGUGGCCACGUGGCAGCCCUGCGCAACGCGCGCCGCUACGCGCAAGUCCUCAAUGCGCGAAUUGGUGCACGAGCCGAUGAAUACGCGGUCGAUUUUGAUGUCGGUGGCCGCCAUGUUGGCCUGGAGGCCCAUAUAAUUUGGCGCGCGCCGUAUGGCAGCCGGGUCCGGCACACGCUCGUUGAUGCCGAUGACGUCGUCUGGGGAAGUCCCCUACGUGACUUCGUCGCCGGCAUCAAUGUCCAGCGUGUAAUCCUAGUGCGCAUCGACAUCGCUACACAGACUGCGCCAGUGCGCCAUUGCUUGGUCCCAGGCACCACCGGUGGCGCCAGUGGGCGGCCUUGCAGGUACUCAAACGUGGUCUCGUCCUCAGCCACUCUCGGGUUGAGCCUGAGUUGA